AGUAAAAAUUGUAUUACAAAUGGUAAUAAAACAUGUUAUGAAAUAAAAUAUCAGUAUGAAGUUACGAGUUCAAGGGCUACUCUUGUAGGCUCAAAUCAACAAAUAGUUAACAAAGGAGUACCCAUAAACGGUACAUAUUGUUUAAUAGACACAGUGUAUCAAAAAAAUUAUUUAAAAACAUUCAAAGAGUUUGGAGCCAAAGCAAUAAGAUCACAACAAAUUCUUAAUGAUAUGACAACAAUACCAAAAUUAUUCACACUUUUUAAAUGUAUGGAUAAAUCAUGUACAGACGUUUUCUCGGAUAAAGUAAUGUUUGAAUUACAUAUACAAUUACAUUUUUCAAAUAUGGGUAAAAAUAAAAGUAACUAAUAUUUUACUUGUUAUUGUCUUUAAAUUUGAGUAUAAAUGGUGAUCUUUGUUAAUGAUGUGUGUUUUAGAGAAUCAAAUAAAUAAUUCUGAACAGUUCAAACAUUGUGUAUAUUGCUUUAAACAAUUUGAUGAUGGAGAAUCUUUGGCUACUCAUAUUUUAAAAAACUAUUCUUUCUGUAAAUAUUUUUGUCCAUUUUGUUUUUAUCGUGCAUAUACACCUCUUCAUGUACUGUUUCAUCAGGUAAAUAUUAUUUUCAAUUUUAAUUUUAAUUAUGUAUUAUAAGUGUAUUAUUAAAAUUAUUAUUAUUAUAAUUUUGAUUUAGAAUUUACUUCAUAAUACAAAGAAUUCAAAUAUAAUACAACUGGAGAAUGAUAAUUCGGAAGAAAUAUUAAUGGCAGUUGACUAUAAUGAUUUUAUUAUGCCAUAUAAGUGCAUUGUCGGUAUGUUGAUCUUUAUUUUUAUUCUAAGAGAAACAAUGUAUGCAUGUGAUUUUCUGGCAUUAAUCGGAGGGACAGCUUAUAAAUUAUAGUAUUUAAAUGUCUCCAAAGAAAAAAACUAGUGGUGUCAAAUUAGGUGAACACGCGGGCCUAGCCAUCGGUGCAUUUGCAUGCCCACUCCCCUUUUUCAAUAGUUUUCAUUUAUUCGAUGUACGAGAUUUAUAUCAGUUUUGUAAAAAUAUUGAAUAAAGUUUCAUGGUCAAAACUUGAACGGUAAAUUCGCAUACAGUUAUAUAAAUACAAAAAUUGGUUCAAAUUAGUUAUACAGCUUCAGUUCAAAUACAGCUAAAAAAAAAUAUAAUUUCGAUGGUUAAAUCCUACCAAUCUGCUCUUACUUAAAGCUUACUGCCUUACAUGACAUUGUAGAACGGCUCUUAAAAUUGUUAAAUCGUAUAAAACUAUUUAAGGCAAAGAACCGUUAACUUUUCUCUGUUGUUAUUAUUACUGGUUGUAUAAUUUUUAUUCAACUAAGACAACCAAUUUAAACUUUAUUGGGUUUUUUUUUUUUAAUAUUUGGUGUAUACUAUUGACACACUUAUGUAUUUUGAUAACCAUGUUGGAAUUACAUAAUAUGAUUAGGGUUACAUAAAUAAAUAAAAACAUAACUAUUUAUAUUAUAAUACAAAUAAAAAAUGCAGAACAAAUUUGUUUGUAUUAGUAAUAGUUAAUAUAUUUUAUACUAAGGAUAUAUAAUAAUAUAUCAAUAUCAAUAUAUAAAAAUAAUAUAAAUAAGUAUAAAACAAUUUUUAAAUUGUCUUUACUUAUUGUUUAAAUGUUGUUUGCAAUGUUAAUUAUUGUAAGAAAUAUUUAGAUUUUUUUGGAGUUGUGCUUCAUCUAAUCGUUGGGGUAUUGAUAAGGAGAUUCGAAUUUUUUUAAAAUCUGGAACCCAGAAGGUUAUUUCAUUGGUAGAGAAGAGGUUUUGGAGUACCGGGAGAGCGCUAAGAGAAUCCCUCGGUUUGAGUAUGUUAUAAAAGGAUAUAAUAUUUUAAAUAGAUUUUCUUUAGCUGUGCUAUAGAUAAUUGACUUAUAAUUUAUUUGUGAUAGUUUUAAGGAUUUAUAUACGUUUAGAAGUGGUUUUAUAUGAGCCCCACUCUCGAAAUAUGAUCGGAAAUUUUUUCCAUUUUAUUCAUUUUUAUUUUUACAUGAACUUUUGUGUUUUUAAGAUGAUGAGUACAUUUUAAUUGUUUGUAAAAGAUCAUUCCUAAUAGGCAUAGUGAUUCGCAAAAGGGUAUUUCAGAAUCGUUGAGAAAUAAUUAGUGGUUCUAAGCUAUUAAUAUUAGUUAUUGUUUAUCGAGUAUUAUUGAGAGUUGAAAGAUAUCGGCGAAAUGCACAUUGUUUGUUUGUUGGUAUGUUUGAUGUCUCUAAAUGCCAAACAAAGGGUUUAUUUUCAAGCUUUUUCAUUGUUUUACUUAGUGUAUUCAUGAGUCAUAUGGGCCUCUAGUUAACAAUGUCAAAGUUGUUCUUGUUCCGUAUUGGGAUCGGUGUAACGAUUGCAUUGGGCCAAUGAUCCGGAUAUAUGUCGUUAUUCCAUACAAUAUUGCAAAUUUGAUGAGAGUUUCAUGUUUCGGUAAAUUUGGUAGAUUUUGAAUACAAUUGUAUGGUAUCUCAUCUAGACCUAGGCUUUUGCUUUUGCAUCCAAUUAUGCAUCGUUUAUUUCAGAUAUAUUAAACGAUUGAUUGAUUGUGAUAUCUUGUUGAUAGAGGUUAUGUUCCAGGUAUUUCAUGAUAUAUGUUUUUCUCGAAUCCAUCAAUCUCAAUCUAAAUCAAGACUAUUUUUAGUAAAGUGCAGCGCAAAAGCCUUGGCUAUAUUUUUCGAGGAUGAGAGUGUGAUGCCAUUAUGGUUUAGAUCAAAUAGUAAUAGUUGGUGAAUAAUUCCUUUAAUGCCUUUAAUUUUAAUUCACAUGUUGGUUGCAGAUGUGUUUGAAUUUAUUGAGUUUGUGAACUUAUGCCAAGAUUAAGUUUUACUUUAUUUUGUGAUUUAUUUUGAUUGUGUGUGAAAUUUCUUCUUAUCAAUUUCUAAUAUUUUGAGCAAUGGACGCUUGGCUAUUUAAAAAAGCUCCUAUUUUGUACAUCAAUGAUAGGAAUAUUAAUUAGGUUUAUGGAUAAUUGUCUAUUAAAUAUUAUAAUUAAUCUUAUGUAUCAUUUUUGUUUUCUCUGAUUCUGUCACUAUGGUUAUUCUAAUUACUACACAAUAUUGUUGUUAAUAAUUAUACUAUACUUUUAUUAAAUUAUUUUAGGGCGAUGUACUUUCUCCUGUUUGGUCUCUAAUGAUUUCAUACAUCAUUUAAACAAGGAGCAUCAACAAUGUAAUAAAUUCUGUUGUCACAUUUGUAGCAAUCAAGAUUACAAUAAAGGAUUAAUUGCAUACAAACCAAGUUUAUUAAUAGAAGUAAAUGCACAAAAUUUGUAAUUAAAUUUAUAAGUUAUUUGAUAUAAAAAUUAAAUUUUUUUAUAGCUAUUGUUCUAAGGUUGUAAAUCAUAAAUGUAUUUCAGUUACAUGUAUUUUAUUUCCAUUUAGAAAUACAUAUUAAUUUAAUAUAUACGAGGGUUAAUCAAAAAGUAUCAAGACUGAUAAUAUUACUCGGAAACCGAGCAUUGAAGAGCAAAACGAUUUUUAAACCUAGCUUCUAUGACUUAUACUGAGCACAUCUAUUCGUAUAAAAUCUCUAUAACUUUCUUCGUUUUGAUUUGACGAUAUUUGUCUAAAAUUUGAUUUUCACGUUAGGCGAUUUCGUAAUGAAUCCAAAAGAAGCGGAACUUGCUGCCACUCGAGGGCACAUUUUCAGUUUUUCAAUUGACAUUUAAUGGCGAAAACCAUAAAAUGUUGCAUCCCUCUGAAACUGGAAAAAAAUGCAGAAAAAUUUUCUAAAAUCUCCAAAUCUGUCAAGUUCCUCUUCUUUUGGGUUUAUUAAAAAAUCGCCAAACUCGAAAAAUAUAUUUUACAUAAAUAUCAGUGAAAUCAAACCGAAAAAUUUUAUAGAGAAGCAAUAAAGACAAAUGUACUCAGAAAAAGUCAUAGAAGCAAGUGAUACCAAUCCUACUGCUCUUUUUCCGAAUGAUACUACCAGUCUUGAUACUUUUUGAUUAGCCCUCGUAUGUUCUUCUAAUGACUGUAAUAUAUAUUUUUUAUAUCUAUAUAGGUUUUUUAAAACUAAUUAUUCUAUUCUUUGAUAACAUUUAAGACUUAAAUAAUUCUGUAAACCAAACUAGGAUUCACCAACUAAUAAUUUAAUUUUUAAUGGAGUUUAUGAGACAACCUACCAAUUGUGGCAAGAACCUGUGACAAAAUAAAAUUAAACAUAAACUAUGGGCCUUUUUUAUAUUAGUUAACAUAUAUAUAAUAUGUAAAAUAAAUAAAUAGUUUCCUUGUUCAAUAAGUAUCUAUAUUUUUCAGCACUUUAAAGAUCACCAUUUAAACAUGUACCAGUGUAUUUUCUGUUUGUUUGGUACUGAAACUAUAGAUUCAAUGAUCUUACAUUUAGCCAUGGAACAUUUUGAAUAUGACUCAUUGUGUUUGGAGCGUUCUGUGAAGUCUGGCAGUUGUGUAUGAAUAAUUAAAUUUUUUAUAAUUUAUACUUUCAUGUAAUUAUUUAUCAUAACUUUUAUAGGAUUCUUCAAAGGUUGGAAAUUUGAACAUUAUAAGAAUGGAAGCACAUUUAUACAAUGAUUUAUUAAAAAUAGUGAAUUUAACUUCUGGCAUGAGUUCUUUAUCUGAAAAUCUUACCGAAAGAACUCAAAAGGAACAAUCAAAUAAUGCAGUUACAAAUUUGAAAAAAAGUGCCAAUAUUGUGGAAAACGAACAAUUGUCUCCAGCAAUUGUUAUACAGGUUCCAGCUAGUGAAAAAAAAAUGGAAAUGAGUAACUCGUUAGGACUAGUUCAUCACAAUCAAAUUAAUCUACAAAAGAAUGUAAGAAAUGUAGGAAUAAGUUAAAAAUAGAAAUGUUUAGAUUUUUUCUUUAAAUUACUUAAAAUAUUAGUUAAUGUUUAUAAGUUAAUCAAUUUCAUAAUUAUGAUAAAAAAUUAUCAAAUUGUUGACCCACAGGAUUCUGCGAAAUUACAAACUGUUGCUGAAAAUAAAAAUAUGAUAUCAUUUUCACCGGAUACUAUUGAUAAUAUCCCAAAGAUGGAAUUUUUCCCGAGUCUUAUAGCGUGUUCACUGUGUCAACAAUUUAUUACAAGAGUGCGGUAUAAUUUAAUUCGCCAUUUAAAAGCCCACCAAAGAAACCGAGAUAAUACAACUAAAGAGAUUGUGAAUCCAUUAACUUCUAUUGGAAAGUCAAGACAUAUGCUUGAAAAACCUACAACUCAGUCCGCCAAUUCAUUUAAAUCAAUGAAUCCGAAAAUGGUAAUAGACUAUUUUGGAACUUAAUUUUUUGUUCUAUAAACUUUUUUUGUUUAGGUUGAACGACCUAAGGUACAACAACAACCCUUAGGUUUAGAAUUGAAUAAACGAAACGAAGAAGAAAAAGUUAUUGUUGAUAGAAGUUCAAUGGCAAUAAAAAACCGAUCGAUGGUUAAAACUGUAAGUUUUCCUAUUACAAUAUACAGGCAUAUUUCAUUCCUGAAGACAACUUCUCAACUAAUAAUUUCUCUUUAAAAUUUACUGAUUGAAUUUAUAUUAAAAAUAAUUUUCACUAAAGUAGUACGAAUUUUAGAUUUUUCAAGAGGUAUACUAGAAAAAAUUGUGUAAAACUAGAAAAAAAACAUGUUAAAUCAGGGUUAACAUAAAUGUUGAGACAUGAAACAAAUAAAAUUAAAAUAAAACUUUAUGUUUACUUAAUUAUUCUUAUGUAUUAUCAUAUGAAUUAAAGAACAAAUACUAAUAUUUACAAUCGACCAUAUUACUGUAGACAAUGGUUUUUUAAUAUAAAUAUAAUUAUAAGGAAUUUUAUAUUAUAUUUACCAUUGUUAGAAUAUUAUGUUUUUUAGUUAAUCUUCUGUAUUAUUCUGAUAAAAAAUUAUCAAAUUGUUGACCCACAGGAAUCUGCGAUAUUACAAACUACUGCUGAAAAUAAAAAUAUGAUAUCAUUUUCAACAAAUACUAUUGACAAUAUCCCAAUGACGGAAUUUUACCCAAGUCUUAUAGGAUGUCCACUGUGUCCAAAAUUUAGUACACGAGUCCGGUCAACUUUAAUUCGCCAUUUAAAAGCCCACCAAAGAUACCGAGAUAAUACAACUAAAGAGAUUGUGAAUUCACUUACUUCGAUUGGAAAGUCAGGGCAUAUGCUUGAGAAAUCGAAAACUCAGUCCGCCACCUCAUGUGAAUCAAUGAAUACNACUGUGUCCAAAAUUUAGUACACGAGUCCGGUCAACUUUAAUUCGCCAUUUAAAAGCCCACGAAAGAUACCGAGAUAAUACAACUAAAGAGAUUGUGAAUUCACUUACUACUAUUAGAACGUCAGUGAAUAUGUGUGAAAAACCGACAACCCAGUCCGCCCGUUCAUGUGAAUCAAUGAAUCCGGAAAAGGUAAUAGUCUAUUGUGGAACAUACUUUUUCUUUAUAUUAACAUUUUUUGUUUAGGUUGAACGAGGUGUUGUACAACAACCUCCUAUACCUAUAGAAUUGAAUAAACAAAACGCAAAAGAGAAUGUUAUUGUCGAUGGAAGAUCUGUAGCUAUUAAAAACAAAUCGACGGUUAAAACAGUAAGUUUUCCUUUAAAUAUAUAAAGGCAUAUUUAAAUCCUUCAGAUAACUUCCCUACCGGUCAUUUCAAUCAAAAUUAUACGGAUUGAAUUUUUUAUUAAAAAUAUUGUUCACUGAGGAUGUACAUAAGACCGCUGAUUUUUAGAUUUUUCAAGAGUUCUUCUAGAAAUUGUGAUAACCUGGAUACAACAUGUUACAUCAAGAAAAACAAGAGAGUUGUACAUUAAACUUAUAAAAUUAAAAUUAUACUUUAUGUUUACUUCAUUAUUCUUUAUAAUAUGACAUAUCUAUCGUUGAGAAGGCAUCGUUUAAUCCGANAUUACAUUUACCAGUAUUGGAAUGUUAUGUUUCUUACUUUAGCUUUUGUAUUAUUCUGAUAAAUAAUUAUCAAAUUGUUAACCCACAGGAACCUGCGAAAUUACAACCUGUUGCUGAAAAUAAAACAAUGAUAUCAUUUUCACCCGAUACUAUUGACCACAUCCCAAACACGGAAUUUUUCCUAAGUCUUAUGUCAUGUUCACUGUGUCCAAAAUUUACUACAAGAGUGCGAUAUAUUUUAAUUCGUCAUUUAAAAGCCCACAAAAGGAACCAAGAUAAUACAACUAAGGAGAUUGUGAAUUCAUUAAAUUCUAUUGGAACGCCAAUGCAUAUGUUUGAAAAACCGACAACCCAGUCCGCCACCUCAUGUGAAUCAAUGAAUACGGAAAAGGUAAUAGUCUAUUGUGGAACUUAAUUUUUCUUGCUAGUGAUUUUUUUUGUUUAGGUUGAACGAUCUGUGGUACAACAACAUCCUAUAGCUUUAGAAUUGAAUAAACAAAACGCAAAAGAAAAUGUUAGUGACGCUGGAAGUUCAAUAGCUAUUAAAAACAAAUUGACGGUUAAAACAGUACGUUUUUCUUUUUAUAUAUAAAGGAAUAUUUAAAUCCUUAUAAUAACUUCCCUACCGGUAAUUUCACACAAAAUUAUAAAGAUUGAAUUUUUUAUGAAAAUAUUUUUCACUGAGGAGGUACAUAAGAGCGCUAAUUUUUAGAUUUUUCAAGAGUACUCCUAGAAAUAGUGAUAACCUGGAUAUAACAUGUUACAUCAAGGAAAACAAAAUAGUUGUACAUUGAACAUAUAAAAUUAAAAUUAUACUUUAUGUUUACUUCAUUAUUCUUUAUAAUAUGACAUAUCUAUCGUUGAGAAGGCAUCGUUUAAUCCGAAUUCUGCUNUUCUGUUACCUAUGUAUUAUCAUUGCCUAAUAGUAUGCAUUAAACAACAAAUACUAGUGUUUACCUUCGACCUUAUUACUUUAGGAAAUAGUUUUUUUUUUAUAAAUUUAAUUCUAAAAUUUUUUUAUUACAUUUACCAGUAUUGGAAUGUUAUGUUUCUUAGUUUAGCCUUUGUAUUAUUCUGAUAAAUAAUUAUCAAAUUUUUAACCCACAGGAAUCUGCGAAAUUACAACCUGUUGCUGAAAAUAAAACAAUGAUAUCAUUUUCACCCGAUACUAUUGACCACAUCCCAAACACGGAAUUUUUCCUAAGUCUUAUGUCAUGUUCACUGUGUCCAAAAUUUACUACNGUUUCUUACUUUAGCUUUUGUAUUAUUCUGAUAAAUAAUUAUCAAAUUGUUAACCCACAGGAAUCUGCGAAAUUACAAACUGCUGCUGAAAAUAAAAAUAUGAUAUCAUUUUCACCCGAUACUAUUAACAAUAUCCCAAUGACGGAAUUUUUCCCUAGUCCUAUAGGAUGUCCACUGUGUCCAACAUUUCCACUGUGUCCAACAUUUUCCACACGAGUCCGGUCCACUUUAAAUCGCCAUUUAAAAGCCCUUUAAAUCGCCANUCCUUCAGAUAACUUCCCUACCGGUCAUUUCAAUAAAAAUUAUACGGAUUGAAUUUUUUAUUAAAAAUAUUGUUCACUGAGGAUGUACAUAAGACCGCUGAUUUUUAGAUUUUUCAAGAGUUCUUCUAGAAAUUGUGAUAACCUGGAUACAACAUGUUACAUCAAGAAAAACAAGAGAGUUGUACAUUAAACUUAUAAAAUUAAAAUUAUACUUUAUGUUUACUUCAUUAUUCUUUAUAAUAUGACAUAUCUAUUGUUGAGAAGGCAUCGUUUAAUCCGAAUUCUGCUCGGCAUCAUUUUCUGUUACUUAUGUAUUAUCAUUGCCUAAUAGUAUGCAUUAAACAACAAAUACUAGUGUUUACCUUCCACCUUAUUACUUUGGGAAAUAGUUUUUUUUUUAUAAAUUUAAUUCUAAAAUUUUUUUAUUACAUUUACCAGUAUUGGAAUGUUAUGUUUCUUACUUUAGCUUUUGUAUUAUUCUGAUAAAUAAUUAUCAAAUUGUUAACCCACAGGAAUCUGCGAAAUUACAAACUGCUGCUGAAAAUAAAAAUAUGAUAUCAUUUUCACCCGAUACUAUUAACAAUAUCCCAAUGACGGAAUUUUUCCCAAGUCCUAUAGGAUGUCCACUGUGUCCAACAUUUUCCACACGAGUCCAGUCCACUUUAAAUCGCCAUUUAAAAGCCCACCAAAGAAAUCGUGAUAAUACAACUAAGGAAAUUGUGAAUCCAUUAACUUCUAUUGGAACGUCAGUGCAUAUGUUUGAGAAAACGACAUCUCAGUCCGCCCGUUCAUGUGAAUCAAUGAAUCCGGAAAAAGUAAUAGUCUAUUGUGGGACUUACAUUUUUUUUGAUUUUUUAAAAUGUUUAAAAAAAAAAAAGUAAUAUAAAAAUACAAUACCGAACUUAAGGUUAAUUGUUUUUCUGUAGGUUGAACGAGCUGUGGUACAACAACCUGCUAUAGCUUUAGAACUGAAUAAACAAAACGCAAAAGGGAAUGUUAUUGUCGAUGGAAGUUCAAUAGCUAUUAAAAACAAAUCGACGCGAAAAACA